UCUCACUCACUCGCGCUCCAGCUUCAUUCCAGUGCCGCGUGAAAACAGGCAGUCGCUCGCGCUCUCGCUCGUUGUCGCGCGCUCUUCGGGCACGGUCUCGCGCUCUGCCGGCCGGUGAUGCUCGCGACGAUCCGGGCUUCUGCUGCUGCUGCUGCUGAUCCUGUCCUCCGACCAACUGCACCAGAGAGAAAGAAAGAAAAAGAGAGAGAGAGAGAUAGAAAGAGAGGAGGACAUUGCAUUCCAAUCACGUCUUCACCUCCCCUCGUUUGCCUAGCUCUCAUUGGGAAGAAGAGAUAGAGGGAGAGAGAGAGAGAGAGAGAGAGAGAGAGAGAAGGAUAAGCUCACAGUGAAGAUGAGCCUCAUCUAAUGUCGUUUUUCUACGUUUUUCUCGGAUGCUUCUGACCUGUGUUAAAAAACCGAGUGCAAGCCUCCUCGCGCUGCACGAGCCCCGUCCAUGCACGCGCAGGAGGAGAUGGGAAGUUGGCGCGCGCUGAAGCCGAGUAGGUAACCUGCUGCUGCUGCUCGAGGGAAUAUACACGCCGCGCGCUCGAGGCUCUGAAGCUUGUGCGUUUUGGAUUUCUACACACGGACAAAUACACACACACGCACACACAAACACUAAACAACACCUACGGCGAGCUGUUUUUGCGCACGGAUGCAGCGCAAACGGAUCUGGGCGGAUUUUUCGUGCGCGCGGAGGAUCCUGUUUUUACGCACCUCGAGAACAUGCCGCUGGGCGCGAGUGAGCAGGAAGGCACGCGCCGUGUGUUAAGCCGUGGCGCUGGGACCGUGGCGCACACUCACACUCGCACACACUCCGGGAGCACCAGUUUUCUGCACUAAUGCUGUGACGUGGCUGUGGGCCGUACCUGCACCCAGGUUCUCGGCGGAAGCAUGCUGUGGGUAACCCUGCUGAGCUCGAUCGCUUUAGGAUGCUCCACGCCGAUCCCCCUGCUGGACGAGUCGGAGGAAGUGGAUGAGCCGUGCUUCGACCCCUGCAGCUGUGAGGUCAAAGAGGGCAUCUUCCACGUCCACUGCGACAGCAAGGGCUUCACCAACGUCAGCCAGGUCUCCCAGACUUGGAUGAGGCCCUUCAAGCUGAACCUGCAGAGGAAUGCUAUGCGGAGACUCUACUUCAACAGCUUCCUGCAUCUCAACAACGCUGUUUCGCUAAAUCUGGGCAACAAUGCGUUGCAGGACAUUCACGCAGGGGCUUUUAACGGCCUUGCCAUUUUAAAAAAGCUUUUCUUGCACGAGAACAAGCUGGAGGUGUUCAGGAACGACACGUUCCUUGGUCUGGAGAGCCUCGAGUACCUGCAGGCGGAUUACAAUGUCAUCAAGAGGAUAGAAAGCGGGGCUUUUCGCAACUUGCACAAGCUCCGAGUGCUUAUCCUCAAUGACAAUUUGAUACCUGUGCUGCCCAGUACGCUUUUCAGGUCCGUGUCUCUAACGCACCUUGACUUGCGAGGCAACCGAUUAAAGAACCUGCCUUAUCAAGGAACUCUGGAGUACGUGGGCCGCAGCCUUAUGGAGAUCCAGCUCGAGGAGAACCCAUGGAACUGUGCUUGCGAAAUCGUGCAGCUCAAGUCGUGGCUUGAGCGAAUCCCGUACGCAGCGCUCGUGGGAGACGUUGCUUGCGAGCACCCCUUCCACUUGCACGGCAAGGACCUGCGCGAGAUCACGAGACGGGAGCUGUGCCCGACGCUUUCCGAGGCUGAGAUUGAGGCCAAACAUGGUGUGCCAAGGUUGCAGUUGGUCGGUGAGCGAGCUUGGCCCACAAAACCCUCGUCUAUGCUUUCAUCCUUCCACAAUACAGCGUCCUCAGUGGAAUACAGGGAGAGGCAUCCAAAGCCUACAAAACGCCCAAGGCCGACAAAAACUCCACCCACUGCACGAAGCAUCUAUCCAGGUCCUAAUCAGCCACCUGUGCCGGCUUACCAGACCCGGCCACCUAUCCCUAUAAUCUGCCCAACUGGAUGCACGUGUAAUUUGCACAUCAAUGACCUUGGAUUGACAGUGAACUGCAAGGAGAAAAGCUUCCACAACAUUUCUGAGCUUUUGCCUCGACCACUCAACGCCAAGAAGCUCUACCUGAGCGGGAAUCUCAUCCAGAAGAUCUACAGGUCGGACUUUUGGAAUUUCUCCAGUCUGGAUUUGCUCCAUCUAGGGAACAACCGGAUAUCGUACGUCCAGGAGGGUGCUUUUAUCAACUUGCCCAACUUGAAGAGCCUGUACUUGAACGGGAAUGACAUUGAGCGGCUGACCCCGGGAAUGUUCCGUGGUCUUCACGCUCUGAGUUACCUUUACCUGGAGUACAACGUGAUCCGGGAGCUGGAGCCAGCUGCUUUUAGCCUGAUGCCCAACUUGCAGCUGGUCUUCCUCAAUGACAACUUGCUGCGAGCCCUUCCUGCAGACGCUUUCGCGGGAACCUCUCUCGCCAGGCUUAACCUGCGCAACAACUACUUCCUGCACCUGCCCGUGGAAGGUGUGUUGGAGCACCUGCGUGCAGUGGUGCAGGUAGACCUGCAGCAGAACCCGUGGGACUGCUCUUGUGCUAUUGUGCCGCUCAAACGCUGGGUGGAAAAGCUCAGCUCUGUCAUCGUUGUUGGCGAAGUCAUCUGCAGGACUCCGGAGAUUCACGCCGGCAAGGAUCUCCGCAGCCUGGAGGCCGAAGUUAUCUGUCCAGAGCUGAAAUAUGCGGCUCCAAGCUCACCAGCCCUUGACGUCACAUCCCAAAGCACCUCUGGGUCAGGCCACACUUCCCCAACUUCUGCAAGAUCUGCAGUUCCUCUCUCAGUUCUUAUCCUAAGCUUGCUGGUUCUGUUCAUUUGUGCAGUUUUCGCCGCGGCCGGUCUCUUCGCAUUCGUCCUUAGGAGACGGAGGAAGAAGGACGUGCCUUUCAGGAAGAGGCAGGAAGUGGAUCUGACUGGCAUUCAGAUGCAAUUCGAGGAACGGCCUGCGGUAUCCACGCCUGAGAAACCUCCAGGCCACGUUUAUGAGUACAUCCCUCACCCCGUGGCACACAUGUGCAACAACCCCAUCUACAAACCGCGAGAAGGAGAGAUAGAGGCUGAGCAGAAGGAGAACGGCGGCACCAGUUACCGGACUCUGCUGGAGAAAGAACAGGAGUGGACAGCGGCCGUUUCCGCAUCGCAGCUCAACACCAUCGUCACCGUAGAUCGGUCACGGCUUCACGAGAACGGGCUGCUGUGCGCCAAUUCGAUCGACACCCAGCAGAGAUCGCCCCAAGCCCAUGUGGGAUUCGUGGACUGCCUGUACGGCACGGUGCCGAGACUCAAGCACGUUCACGUGGCGCACGCACAUCCGCCGGGCGUUCAGUACCCUGAUGUGCAGCAAGACGCCCGGUUAAAAGAGACGCUGCUUUUUGCGGGGGGCAAAGGAUUUCCAGAACAAACCCAAAGUGAAUACCUCGAGUUAAGGGCCAAACUCCAAACCAAGCCGGAUUACCUCGAAGUCUUGGAGAAAUCGUACAGGUUUUAAUCACAGAGAGUUUAAAAAAUAUAUAUAAAAAUAAAAAUAAAGGUCACCUCCAUAGCGCCCCCUACCCACCACUACCACCAAUACCACCACGAAAAAUAACGAGAAAUAAGACGACAGCAUGACAAAUUAAUCUAUCUAUCUAUAAGUAUCACAGAAAUGUGUUUUCCCCCAAGUGGCUCUGGAGGAAAGGCCAUACUCAGAUAUCCAAUGAAGUGCCUUUUGAUUUUUAUUUAUUUUGAUUUGAUUUGAGUUGAUUUUGUUCUUCUCAGAGUAGCCAGCAAUGUUGUCAACCCCUUAUUUUUAUACAGAGAACAGAGUUGUUUGUGGCUGUUGGUGCCACCGGGAGGAGGAUCUUACACAAACACACACUCACACACACUCUUACAAACACACACUCACUUGCACAUGUAAACACACACUUGCGCACACUCACCCACACCCACACACACACACAUGUAAGCAUUCAGACGAAGCCUAUGUGGCAGAUUGUCUCUCACAGGCACAGUUUGUAGACUCUUGCAGUUUGCUGCAUGCAUUCAGCUGCAACGGGCGUGGGCUAUUGCUGAAAAAAGAACAUAAAAAAAAAACAAAAAAAUUAUAAUAUUUCACCUUCAAUAGAGAUACUGCAACGCAUUACUGUUCAGUGGUCUAUUUAUUUUAUAUAUUAUUAUAAUAAUAGGACAUCAGAGGUCCUCUAUCUCUGUCUCUCUCUCUCUCUCUCUCUCUCUCUCUCAAGGACACACCCAAGGAUUUGUGAAUACAUAAAAAAGACACUCGAGAUUUUAUGGAGUUCAACGCACUUUCUUAAGACGAAAUGCUUCUGGAUAUUAUUAUCACUAACGGCUUUGUAGGAAGCACUUUUAAUGUUUUCUCUCUCACACAAAGUUUGAAAAAGAAGAAAAUAAAUGUGCAUAUAUUUAUUCUGUAAUUUCAGUGAAAAAUUUAAUUGUAAAGGUAAUGUUAAAUCUAUGUAUAGUGAUUAUGCGUCUGGUAUAGCCUUCUUAAUAAAAAAAAUGAAAAAAAUGAAAAAAAAAAAAAAAAUCUUAAAUCGAAUAAAAGGGUACCAAUGAAAACUUUUUUUUGUGGGAGGUGCAAUCGUAUAUCGUAUCACAGGUGUACUGUAGUGCUGCUACUGUGCUGGGAAA